AUGAGAUAUGCACCAGAGUUCAGACAGUCCCCCUCACAUCCCCUGAAGAAAUUUGCAGUGUGCGACCCUCCUCUGUACACCGUCUGCGACCGAAAUAUCAGCAGAGAUCGGUGUCAGGGACUCGGGUGCUGCUUUCACAGAGGCGUCUGCUAUGAAAAAGCAGUUCCCACUUAUGUGCAUGUGUUUUUUGCCUUGAUUAUGAUCAUCACCGGGGCCUUUAUUCUCACCAUUAUUUACAGAGUUGUUCAAGAGAGGAAAGAAAAGGAAGUCUGUACAAAAUUACCUCUGUCAUCCAAGCCCAGUGGUAAAAUUAAGGCAGCCUGGUUGGGUAAGCAGGCAGCACUGAAGGCUUGGAUUGGCAAAGCAUGGAAAAGUGAUGAAUGUGAAGAAAGCAUGGAGGGUCUAGUUUGUAAGGUGGAUCCUGCCCUCAGCGUGGGUUUCCUGCUCUAA